AUGGCCGAGGAAACUACACCAGCAAAGACGGCUUCACCACAGUCGUCGCCGAAUGAACAAGCACUGCCACCUGAGCCCGCGGGUCAGCUUGACGCAGAUGACAACGUCACUGACGAUGAUUCAGCGCUCGGUUAUACCGACGAGGAAAGCUCAACUGCUUCACUCAGCUCUACCAUUUACAAGUUUAGAGAAGAGAAUGGACGAACGUAUCAUGCUCAUAAAGAUGGCGCGUACAUCGGCCCGAACGAUGAUCUGGAACAAGACCGAUUGGACUUCCAGCACAGCCUCUGUCUUUUGACCUUUGACAACCAGCUUCAUCUUGCUCCCAUAUACAAAGAGGGAUGUAUACCUGUGCGUCGUGUUCUCGAUGUUGGCACGGGAACAGGAAUCUGGGCAAUGGACUUUGCCGAUGAACACCCCAUGACGGUUGUGACCGGAGUAGAUUUGAGCCCAAUCCAGCCAUCUCUGGUGCCCCCAAACGUUCAGUUCCAGGUGGAUGAUAUGGAGGAUGAAUGGACUUUUUCCGAGCCAUUUGACUAUAUCUAUUGCCGUUUCAUGACUGUCUCGUUCGCUAAUUGGCCAAGAUUCUUUGAUCAAAGCUUCAAAAACUUAACACCUGGUGGCUGGAUUGAGGUUGUAGAUAUUCUACCUCCUACAUCUGACGAUGGUACCAUGUCUCCAGACACGGCGCUCCAUAAAUGGUCGAAUCUUUUACUGGAGAGCACAGAAAAGAUUGGCCGACCAUUUGGUGGAACAGCCUUUUAUAAAUCUCAGAUGGAAGAGGUUGGCUUUAAGAACGUCACACUACGAGUUUACAAAUGGCCUCAAAACCGUUGGCCAAAAGACAAAAAGUACAAAGAGCUAGGAUCAUGGACACUCGAGAACAUUUCAAGCGGCCUCGAAGCGAUCAGUAACGCUCUAUUCACUAGAGUUUUGGGGUGGUCGAAGCCCGAGUUGGAUGUGUUCCUCACUGACGUGCGUAAAGACAUUAAAAAUACAUCAAUCCACGCCUACUGGCCUGUGUAA